CUUCCGGGUCUUGUCACGUCGUGUGUUCCAUGUGGUUCCAUGGCGUUCUGAGAGAAUAAUGAUACAGCUUAGCUUUCCUAGAAUGCUCGAGAACUGUGUAAGAGCUAUAUAAAGGCUGGUAGUUGCGUUGUGCGACGGGACUUUUCACAUGACUGGAUUUAUAAACAUCUGUCUGCCAUCGUCAAGCUGACCACCAUAUCAAGACUGACCGCGCUUGUCUAUUCAACUAAUGUCAUUGUAAAACAACCUUCAAUCAGUAUAUCUGCUCUCACUGUAAAUGUCAAGACUCUGAGAGGAUUCCGGAAUACAUAUGGCACUUAUUCUGGUCUUCGUUGCCUUCUUGGCAACAACUGUUCUUGAUGUAAAAGCUGCACAGUGCGCAUGUGCUGCCGGCGAUGUUAAUGUCCACUCUGGUGUGGGAACGAGCCAUUCUUUACUUGGCGUCUUGGAAGAUGGACACUGCACCAUACUCUUUGAAGGUGACUUGAGAGAUGGCUGGGUGCGUUUCAACUUCAACUGCAAGAACGGAUGGAUUUCGGAAGGCAAAGUAAACUUUGGGACUUGUCCGGAUAAUUCCAACACUACAGGUGAUUACUGCCUCAUCACCAGGUCCCAGUGGGAGGCCUCUAGCCCAGUGGGUCAAGCAGAGCUUGCCGGGGCUGUGGAAUACGUUUUCAUCCGCGAUACACGGGGAAGAGGCUGUUUCACUAAGAGUUUAUGCUCCGCCCUUGUCAAAAGCUUACAGGAUUACUAUAUGGACACGUUGGGCUGGUACGACAUCGGCUACAACUUCCUCAUAGGCGAGGACGGCUACACGAUUGGAGCUCUACGAGGGUCGCAGAGCUGGAACACGAUUGGAGUGACAUCACACCAGGGGCUCAACAAACCAGGGGCUACAACAGUGAUGGUGUGGGUAAGACAGGAUAGGACAGGGGCUCCACCAGGGGCUACACAGUGA